ACAAAAUCUUAUUCAGUGUAAAUAAAUUUAACAUAGCCCAGAUUUAGACAAGGAAGUUAAAUUUAGAACAUAUUUUUUUUUGUGAAUACACACUUGGAUUGUGAAAAUGAAAGAAUGUUAAAAUUAUCUUAUCCGAAAUAUUCAAAUACUGAGCUGCCGUACGAAAAUGGAAGUAUCUGGUCGUAGGACUAAUGGUGCGUCUGGAGGGCAACCGUCUGCUGAAGAUGCUGAAAUAUUCUGUCAGCCGUGUAGCAGUGACGGUGAUUGGGUGGUUGCCAUGGGAUACUGUCAGAACUGUAAUGAAUACUUCUGCUUUGCUUGCCUAAAGCUUCAUCGAAAACAAUCUGUGAGCAGAAAUCAUGUUAUUUUAGAAGGCAGAAGUAUGCCGAAAUUCCUGGUACCGGAAGUAGACGUAGAACCUUGCUCAGAGGUAUGUGCAAAGCAUACCAAUGAAAUAGUGAAAUUCUACUGCUCCUCUCAUGAUACAAUAGGAUGCGGUGAUUGUAUGGUCUUAGAACAUAAAGCUUGUAAAGUAGAACGAAUCCAAGACAUCUCAGGUAGCUAUUUCAAUGGUCAGGAACACACACGGCUAGUUGAAACAGUGGAAAAAUUCCUUCAGAAUCUGGAAGAUUUAGGGGCAUGCAAACAAAUGGCUGAGGAAGAUAUGAAGGCAACAUAUACGAAGGCUUUAGCUGACAUAAGGGCAUUUAGGAAAGAAGUGAAUAUUUAUCUAGAUAAAGCUGAGGGCGAGAUUAUGGCUGAAGUGAACAACAGGAAUGCGGAAAAUGGAAAGAAAAUUUCACAACUGGAAACAGAUAAAAAUUCAGUGCAAAAUGAAAUCAAAGAAUUAAGUGAAAAAUUGAAGCUGCAAUCCAAUAAGGCGAAUGAACUGUUUGUGGCAGCCAAACAAAUGAAAGACAGGAUGGCCGAGAUUGAUGUCAGCAUUAAGCAGAUGUUCCAAAAGUGCCAGACACAACCAUAUAUGUUUAAACCAUCUUCUGACAUAAAACAAAUUGUUUCUUCUAAGGUUCCACUUGGGAAUCUGACAGGACAAAUCUUACAAAUAAACCCCCAAAGAAAGUUAAAUUUAGUUGAUAUGGAGCCACAGUUUGAUGGAGAGAUCAACAUAAAGACACCUGAAGAUAAAUCAUACUGCUUCAUUGUAGCAUCUGCUCUUAUUUCACCAAGUCAAAUAGUACUUGCAGACAAUGCAAACAAAUGUUUGAAAAUGGCUGAUAUCGAACAGAGGAAACUAUCCACAAGGCAUGAACUGUUUACUGAACCAGUUGACGUGGCAGUUGUAUCCAAGAACCUUAUAGCAGCUACGCUUCCAGGUAAACAGAAAAUACAGUUUCUGUCUAUUACACAGAAAAACACACUUACAGAAAGUCACGACAUAAAUGUGAAUGGAAGCGUUCGCAAAAUUACUUGUCAAAAUGAUAAACUAAUCAUUGCGUAUACUGACAAAAUUGAAAUUCUGAAAAUGAAUGGUAAUGUUGUGAAAACAAUAUCUUCAACAGAUGUAACACUGAUAGAUGGGUACAGCAUUUUCUCAUGAUUCCUUAGGAUUCUAUGUCUGUAAUGAUACCGGUAUCGCCACAGGAAAACCAGCAGCAAUUUAUAAAUUUGACUUUGAUGGCAAAAUACUAGCAACAUACAAUGACAAGACACUGCAAGCUGUUAGAGGACUCACAGUGACACCAGAUGGUACAGUGCUUGUAUGUAACUGGAAUAGAAGUGGUGGCAUUCACAUGAUUUCACCAGCAUGCAAGAAAAUCAAGGAAAUUCUACAGCAGAAUAAACAUGUUCAAAAACCGUAUUCUGUUUCAUUCUGCUGUCAAACAAACAAACUGUUUUUGAGUAACAAUGCACUUCAUAUUGACCCUAAACUGAAGAAUGUGGUGAAAAUAUUUCAGAUGAUGUGAAGGUGAAACUGAGAAAAAGAGUCCUCAUUAUAUUUGAUGACAACCUCCCUGGUGUAUUCCACAAUUAAGAUAACAGUCAAAUCUGUGCUAAUAUCACGUUUGAACAGAGGCUACCUGUCUUUAAAGACAAUAUGUUUCAUAUAAACACAUGUAGUGUACGAAGACCAUCUGCAAAUAAAAACGGUGGUCUUUAUUUUUUUAUUUACUAUUAAAAAUAUCAGUUCCCAACGUUCUUUCGACAUGUUUGUGACAAAGGGUUCCUUUCUUUAUUAGAUACCAAUGUUAUUUGACUGGCUGUUAUUAACAUUAACAUUUCCGAAAUUUUGGGUUAAUUUUCUUAUGCAAGUCCUACACACCACUUUUAAUAUUGUAACCUACAUGACAGACAGGACUAUUGAGUUUAAAAUUAAAUAUCGGUUAUAUUAUUUGUGUAUUUUUAUAAUUAUUGACGACAGUCAGUGCUAUUCGGCGCACGCUCAGUUUUCCUCCUACAAACAGAAAUUUAUGUAACUUAACCGAUAUACAUCUCGCAGGAUUAAAAUUUAUAUCGUCAUGAACGGCAACGUGUGGCGCGUAAGUACGCUGCGUUUCAAGAGUUUGACCUCCGAGCUUGAAUUGUUCCUAAGUGUUUGUAUGUCAACGAGUACAAAUACUUUCAAAACAACAUAUACAUAGUAUUUGCCCUUGAUAACAUUAAAGUUUGCUCAUCAAGCGUCUGUUUCGUCAUUUCCUAACACUUAGGAUCCGGUCUUCUUGGCAUUCUGGCAUUUCAUGAACUUAAUAUGAGCCGCGCCAUGAGAAAACCAACAUAGUGGCUUUGCGACCAGCCUGGAUCCAGACCAGCCUGCGCAUCCGUGCAGUCUGGUCAGGAUCCAUGUUGUUCGCUAACAGUUUCUAUAAUUGCAAUAGGCUUUGAAAGCAAACAGCAUGGAUCCUGACCAGACUGCGCGGAUGUGCAGGCUGGUCUGGAUCCAUGCUGGUCGCAAAGCCACUAUGUUGGUUUUCUCAUUGCACGACUCAUAUAUUCAUUAACAUGUAUCUGGAAUAUAUCUUAUAAGUUGUAUUUAUGUGAUUUCCUAUUAACGUAAAGGGAUUUCGACAGAAUUCUGCCCUUUCGCAAAAUAAUUUAAAAGAGUCGGUGUGUCAACAGCGCCUUUAAAGAAACUAUCGUAGCGUCAGCGUGAACAAACGUACGCUAUGGGACAUUUUACUUGGACGCGGAAAAAACGUAAUAACUUUGUGAUACAUUGAAUGAUUUUUUUAAAACAUACAGCUUUCAAUAUCUGGAAAAAAUAAUAUUUUAAUUCUGUUUACAAAAACAACGCAAAUUUGUUACCUGUAAAUUAAACCAAGUUGGAACUUUAAGUUUGUUUCAGUUAUACUCUUUACAAGUAGCGUGGGACAUUUGUACUAGAUAUGAAAAAUUUAUAUGUACAUUUCUGACAUUGAAAUAAAUAAGUACCAAAAUAAUA